AUGACUUACUUCCCGUCAGGCAGUCCGGAGAAAAUUAACCUGGUCGUCACUCUUGGUGGAGAUGGAACAAUUCUCCAUGCCUCAUCACUAUUCAGUUCUGGAGCUGUUCCACCUGUUCUCAGCUUCUCCAUGGGCACACUUGGUUUCCUACUCCCGUUCCACAUCGACGAUUUCGACAAAGCUCUGGAGAGCGUCUUUUCAGGCAAGGCCACUAUCCUCAACCGGAUGCGAUUGGCAUGCACCUUCUACGACAAUGAAUUGGUGAGGAAAAGCAAGGAAACCGAUGAUUGGCAAGUCAUGAACGAGAUUGCAUUGCAUCGUGGUUCCAGCCCUCACCUCAACACUAUUGAUAUCUUCGUUGACGGUCAGCAUCUAACGGAAGCUGUGGUGGUCCGAUUGUACACCCGUCUCUCAGUGCACUGGUUCUAA